AUGUUGUCUACUCGUACUCUAUUGAAAAAGAACGUUACUGCCAUCCGUGGUUUGGCUACCGUUUCUAAAUUAACCAAGGAUUCCAAGGUCCACCAAAAUUUAUUAGAAGAUCACUCUUUUAUCAACUACAAAAAUAACUUAGAAAAUGUAAAUAUAGUUAGAGAAAGGUUGGGAAGACCAUUGACCUACGCCGAAAAGAUUUUAUAUGGUCAUUUAGAUGAUCCACAUGGCCAAGAAAUUAAGAGAGGUGUUUCUUAUUUGAAAUUGAGACCAGAUCGUGUUGCUUGUCAAGAUGCUACCGCUCAAAUGGCUAUUUUACAAUUUAUGUCUGCUGGUUUACCACAAGUUGCCAAGCCAGUUACUGUCCAUUGUGAUCAUUUAAUUCAAGCUCAAGUUGGUGGUGAUAAGGAUUUACCUAGAGCUAUCAAGCUUAAUAAGGAAGUUUACGAUUUCUUGGGUUCUGCCACCGCUAAGUACAAUAUUGGUUUCUGGGGACCUGGUUCCGGUAUUAUCCAUCAAAUUGUUUUGGAAAACUAUGCUUUCCCAGGUGCUUUGAUUAUUGGUACUGACUCCCAUACUCCAAAUGCUGGUGGUUUGGGUCAAUUGGCUAUUGGUGUUGGUGGUGCUGAUGCCGUUGAUGUUAUGUCCGAUUUGCCAUGGGAAUUAAAGGCCCCAAAGAUUAUGGGUGUUAAAUUGACUGGUAAGAUGAACGGUUGGACUGCUCCAAAGGAUAUUAUCUUGAAGUUGGCUGGUAUUACCACUGUUAAGGGUGGUACUGGUUAUAUUGUUGAAUACUUUGGUGAAGGUGUCCACACAUUUUCUGCCACUGGUAUGGCUACUAUCUGUAAUAUGGGUGCUGAAAUCGGUGCUACUACUUCUGUUUUCCCAUUCAACCACUCUAUGGUUGAAUACUUAGAUGCUACUGGUCGUAAAGAAAUCGCUGACUUUGCCAGUGUUUACCACAAAGACUUGUUAUCUGCCGAUUCUGGUGCUGAGUAUGAUAUUGUCCAUGAAAUUGAUUUGUCCACUUUAGAACCAUAUGUCAAUGGUCCAUUUACCCCAGAUUUGGCCACUCCAAUCUCCAAAAUGAAGGAAGUUGCUGUAAAGAAUGACUGGCCAUUGGAAGUUAAGGUUGGUUUGAUUGGUUCUUGUACUAACUCUUCUUAUGAAGAUAUGUCCAGAGCCUCCUCUAUUGUCAAAGAUGCUGCUGCUCACGGUUUGAAGGCUAAGACUAUUUUCACUGUCACCCCAGGUUCUGAACAAAUCAGAGCUACUAUUGCCCGUGAUGGUCAAUUAGAGACCUUCAAGGAAUUUGGUGGUAUUGUUUUGGCUAAUGCUUGUGGUCCAUGUAUUGGUCAAUGGGAUAGAAGAGAUAUUAAGAAGGGUGACAAGAACACUAUUGUUUCCUCUUACAACAGAAAUUUCACCUCCAGAAACGAUGGUAACCCUCAGACCCACUCUUUUGUUGCUUCUCCGGAAUUAGUCACUGCUUUUGCCAUUGCUGGUGAUUUGAGAUUCAACCCAUUAACCGAUAAGUUAAAGGACAAGGAUGGCAAUGAAUUUUUGUUGAAACCACCACAUGGUGUUGGUUUGCCACCAAAGGGUUACUUGAAGGGUAACAAUACCUACCAAGCUCCACCAAAGGACCGUUCUACUGUUCAAGUUAAGAUUUCCCCAACCUCUGACCGUUUACAAGUUUUGAAACCAUUCAAGCCAUGGGAUGGUAAGGAUGCUUUCAACAUGCCAAUUUUGAUUAAGUCUUUCGGUAAGACCACUACCGAUCAUAUCUCUAUGGCUGGUCCAUGGUUGAAAUACCGUGGUCACUUGGAAAAUAUUUCCAACAACUAUAUGAUUGGUGCUAUCAAUGCUGAAAACAAGAAGGCCAAUUGCGUCAAGAACCAUUACACCGGUGAAUAUUCCUCUGUUCCAGACACCGCCAGAGCUUACAGAGACAAGGGUAUUAAGUGGGUUGUUAUCGGUGGUGAUAACUUUGGUGAAGGUUCCUCUCGUGAACAUGCUGCUUUGGAACCAAGAUUCUUGGGUGGUUUUGCCAUUAUUACUAGAUCCUUUGCUCGUAUUCACGAAACCAACUUGAAGAAACAAGGUAUGUUGCCAUUGAACUUUGCCGACCCAACCGCUUAUGACAAGAUUAAUCCAGAUGACACUGUUGAUAUUUUGGGUUUGACCGAAUUCGCUCCAGGUAAAAACUUGACUUUGAGAAUCCAUACUAAGGAUGGUAAGACUUGGGACACCCCAUUGACUCACACAUUCAAUCAAGAACAAAUUGAAUGGUUCAAGGCUGGUUCUGCUUUGAACAAGAUUAAGAGCUCCAAAAAGCAUGCCAAGAAAUAG